AUGGCUCCAAAGGGGGACAAGGCCAAGAAAGCGGAGAAGACCGCAAAGGCCGUGAAGGGCAGCGUGAGCAAGAAGGCAAAGAAGGUGCGCACGAAGGUCCGCUUCUACCGACCCAAGACUUUGAUCAAAGCGCGGGACCCCAAGUACCCGCGCAGGUCAGUUGAGUCCCGCGGCGACAAGCUGGACAAGUACCGAAUCAUCCAGUGCCCGGUGACCACAGAGUCGGCCAUGAAGAAGAUCGAGGAGAUCAACACCCUAGUGUUCCUUGUGGAUCUUAAGGCGACUAAGCCCAAGAUCAAGGAGGCCGUGAAGCAGCUCUACGAUGUGAAGUGCGCCAAGGUCAACACGCUCAUCCGCCCCGAUGGGAAGAAGAAGGCCUACGUCCGCCUCACCCAGGACUACGACGCCCUGGACGUGGCCAACCGCAUUGGCAUCAUCUGA